AUACAAACACUUCCCAUAGAGGCGAAAGCGACCUUCUUUCUCUGCAGUUUUGGAGAUUGAACACUGAACAGGAAAGGAGGCAAUAUUAUCGUCGUUUUCUUCUUCUUCCACUACUUUUAUCUCUCUCUCAUUCAGGGUAGUGAGGUGGUUGUUCAUGGCUCUUUCCUCCAAACAUCCACACCUGUUCAACCAUAUUAGGACUUUUGUGAAUGCGAAGGUCAAAUGGGUCCGAGAUCCAUAUCUUGAUAAUGCAGUCCUGAAAGAGAAAGAUCUUAAACAGACAAUUUCCCUCAAGAACCAAAUCAUUUCAUCUCCUUCCAAAUCCCUCUCCAUCUAUGCUGCUUCUCAACUUAAAGCUUCUCUCUACCUUCCCACUACAGCUACCAAAUUCAUUGACAAAUAUCAUUGCAUUUUCACACAAUUCCAACCUGGUCCUGGUCUUCCUCCAGUUGUCAAGCUCACUCCUCAAGCCUUGUCCCUCCACAAAGAAGAAAUGGCUGUUUAUAAAACUCCCAUUAAUCGUGAAGACACUGUUCAGAGGCUCGCAAGGCUUCUAAUGCUUGCUGGCAUGGCAAAAUUGCCUCUUUAUGUAAUUGAGAAGCUAAAAUGGGAUAUGGGACUUCCUCAUGAUUAUGUGACAACCCUUUUGGCUGAUUACCCUGAUUAUUUUGAUGUUUGUGUUGUGGAAGAUCCAUCAUCUGGAAAAGAAAUGCUUGCUUUAGAGCUUGUUUCAUGGAGAAAAGAGCUUUCUGUGUCUGAGUUAGAAAAGAGGGCGAUGAGCUUGGGCUAUAGUGGAGAUAAAAGAAGGCAUGAUAUUGCAUUUCCCAUAUUUUUGCCAAAAGGUUUUGAUUUAGAGAAGAGGGUGAAGACUUGGGUUGAGACUUGGCAAAAGUUGCCUUAUGUUUCUCCAUAUGAAGAUGCUUUUCAUCUUGACUCAAAUAGUGACCAAGCAGAGAAGUGGACAGUGGCAAUUUUGCAUGAGUUGCUUUCUCUUCUUGUGUCAAAGAAGACAGAGAGAGACAAUUUGCUCUGUUUUGGAGAGUGUUUGGGGUUGGCCUUGAGAUUUAAGAAGGCUUUGGUUCAUCAUCCUGGUAUAUUUUACCUUUCCAAUAAGAUUAGAACUCAGACUGUUGUACUUAGAGAGGCUUAUAGAAAGGAUUUUUUGGUUAAGAAUCAUCCAUUGGUGGGUAUGAGAUAUUGGUACAUUAAUCUUAUGCACAAAACAUAGAAGCACCAAGACCAAGCUGAUUUGGUGGAUGAUCAUGAGGUUAACAAGCUGAUCAGUGAUUUGAUAGAUGAUCAUGAAGUUGAAGCUUAGUUAUUGAACCUGUAAUUUCCAUUCAAACUAUCUCACACAUCAAUCAAGUUGGAUUUUCAAAAUUUUGAUUGUUAAAAUGUUUACUUCAAAAAA